AUGUCCUAUGAGUAUAGAUACCCCAGGAAAUCCCGUCCUUGUAACACAACAAACACAAUGGCCAUCCAGAUCGGAGCCUGCCGGGUUUGCGCCGCCGAGGUCAACACGUAUCUCGCCACCAACAAGACCAUCUUUGCCUACUUCACGUCGUUCGGCCGCAACGGCGACACCACCUACACCAUCAACAUCAACGGGGACCCGCGCACGGCCGAGUACAAGUCACUCUUCAGCAUGGCCUGGGACAAGUGCAAGGCGGUCAAGUUCCCCUACCAUGCCACCAAGCAGGACCGCAACGUCAUCUACUGCUCCAACUACUACCUCACGCCUGCCUAG